AGUUUCCCAGCAAGUCCCACACUAGGGACUUCAACUCAGAGAGAAAAGGAAGACUACACUCUUCCUGGAUGAAGGCAACAGCAGAGUCAUCUCUUUUUUUUUUAUUGACUUUAAGAUAAACUACUAUUUUAGAAAUUAUUUUUAGCCUUAAAGGCGCGGACAGAGGGUUCCCUCCCUCCCUCCUUCCUCCUCCUCCUCCUCCUCCUCCUCUUCUUGCUUAAAAAGUGGUGUCGGUGCACACAGGCUGCUGUAGUCGUGGUUGGUGGAUGAGUUGCGCGGAUGUUAUUACGUGGAUUUUCGCUUCAACGUGGACUGCAACAGUGUGCGAGGGAAAGUAGAUUUCGAUUUAAAACCGUAUGGCUUCAACGGGGAUAACGAGCUGGACGUCUGGUGAAGCAGCGUGAUGAAAAUGGAUAGGACGCACUUGACAAGGCCACUGUUGCGGGGCCGUGUCAAAUGGACACGUACAAUGGUAACAGGAGUCCUUUAUCUGCUGCUGCUCUCCUCCUGCCUUGGACAAGACACGGAAGAUUGGCAAUAUGAGGAAUGUAAACUUUCUCGAUCGGGUCCUCCUGCUACCAUUGUUGCCAUAGAUGAAGAGAGCCCCAAUGGGACGCUGUUGGUGGAGAACAUGCAGAUAAACGGCGUGGCCGAGGGUCCGGAUCGUACCAUUUCUCUGUCUCUAAGGGAUAACCAUGACCACUGGGUGAUUCUCGACCCUUCCAAACAAGCCCUCUAUCUCAACAGCACCGGGCGAGUUCUGGAUAGAGAUCCUCCCUCAUAUAUUCAGUCCAUCGUGGUUCAGGUGCAGUGUACCAAUGAGCUAAUAGGCACAGUGAUCCUACACGAGGUCCGCAUUGUUGUCCGAGACCGCAAUGACAACACGCCGCGUUUCCAGCAGCCGAGAUACUACGUCGCUGUCAGUGAGCUGACGCCAGUGGGAACCACUAUCUUCUCUGGGUUCUGGGGGAACAACGGAGCUGCAGACAUCGAUGACGGUCCAAACGGACAGAUAGAGUAUACGAUCCAGUACAACCCAAAGGACCCGACAGCCAACAGGACCUUCGACAUCCCCCUGACACUGUUUGGCGCCGUGGUUCUCCGAGAAAGACUCAACUAUGAGGAGAUAACGCGGUACCUGGUCAUCAUACAAGCAAACGACCGAGCCCCCAGCCCCAGAGAGCGUCUCACAGCCACCACCACUCUCACUGUAGACGUACUGGAUGGCGAUGACUUGGGUCCCAUGUUUUUACCCUGCACACUGGUGGGAAACACCCGUGACUGCAGUCCCAUCACGUAUAAGGCAAACGUGCUGGAGCUGACCGAGCCGGAUAAGGUGAAUCCACUGAAUGUGACUCCACCCAUACAAGCUGUGGACCAAGACAGAAACAUUCAGCCUCCCUCUGAGAGACCAGGAAUCUUCUACUCCAUCCUCAUUGGCAAACCUCAGUCCUACGCAGAAUAUUUCAUCCUGAACAGAACCAGCGCAGAGCUCCUGCUGCUGAAGCCCGUCGACAGAGAGCUCCACCGCAGAUUUGACCUGGUUAUCAAGGCUGAACAGAACAAUGGCCACCCACUGCCAGCUUUUGCCAACCUCCAAAUCGAAGUCCUGGAUGAAAACAACCAGGCACCCUACUUCCUGGAAACAAGUUACCAUGGUUAUGUCAGCGAGGCAUCACCAGUGGGAACCACCAUAGCGACCAAUGUCGGCCUGUCGGCACCACUGACCAUCAUAGCUCUGGAUAACGAUGUGGAGGAGACGAAGGAUCCCCAGCUCCAGUUCUCUUUGGACAGCUACUCUAAUGUUUUCUCUGUGUCUGCUACCGGAAUCAGAAGAUACCUCACCUUGGUGCAGCCACUGGACAGAGAGACCCAAGACUCCUAUACAUUCACGCUUUUAGCGUCAGACGGAGUCCAGCAGAGCUUUCCGGUUACUGUGACGAUAGCGGUGCUGGACGCCAACGACAACACUCCGACUUUCGCCAACGUCUCCUAUAACGUCAACCUGUUUACGGAUAUGAUGCCCGGAGAAACUGUGUUGCAGUUGUCGGCAAGAGAUGCUGAUGCAGGUCCCAAUGGUGACGUCACCUACCGCAUCGUAGCUGGUUCCCAGGGACACUUUCUUAUUGGAAACAGCACGGGGCUCAUUAGCGUGGCACCAGGUGUGGAGCUCACUGUGGGGCGGAGCUACGCCCUGACAGUCGAGGCCAUGGACAAUGGACCUGAACCUCACAGGAGGUCAUCAAUAACCACUGUCUACAUUGACGUUUUGCCCCCAAACAACCAAAGUCCUCCCCGUUUCCCGCAGCAACAGUACAGCCUGGAGGUCAGCGAGGCCAUGAGGACUGGAGCUACACUGCUCAAUCUGCAGGCAGUGGAUCGUGAGAGGGACACUAUCACCUACAGAAUCUAUAGUGGAGACCCACAUGGACAGUUUGCCCUACAGGAAAAUUCAGGGUAUUUGGUUCUGGACAAGCCUCUGGACAGAGAGUUUCUGGAUUAUUAUACCCUGGUGGUCACAGCCUCAGAUGGACGCCCAGAUGGGACCUCCAGUGCUUCGGUGAACAUCGUCGUGACAGAUGUUAAUGACAAUGACCCGCUCUUCGAUACUUCACUGCCAGUGAACCUCACUGUCACUGAGGAGCAGGAUGAUGCCUACGUUGGACAAGUCAAGGCUACAGACCCAGAUCUAGGAGAAAGUGGGCGUGUCCAUUAUCGGCUCGUCAACCACCAGAAGCUGUUUUCCAUCAACACCAGUGGAGCGAUCAGAACCACCGUCCCACUGGACAGAGAGGUGAAAGGUCACUACUUCCUGGUCGUUGAGGCGUGGGACGGUGCCGUGGACCCGCGGCGGUCCAGGUUGACUCUGUCCGUCACCGUUCUGGAUGUGGACGACAACAGCCCGACGUUCACCCAGCGAAGCUACGACGUCAACCUCCCAGAAAACAGCCCCAAAGAUUCAGUCAUUUUACAGUUACAGGCGAUAGAUGAUGACCUUGACUCCAACCUCACAUAUCGAAUCAGGAGUGAAGAUUUGGACCCAGAGAUCGCUCAGCUUUUCCACAUCGACCCAGUAACAGGAGAGCUUUCGGUGCUUAAGGUCCUGGACUACGAGGCGCUGACUGACACAGAGGCCACGUACAUGUUCACAGUGGAGGCCUAUGAUAGUGAGGGGACCAUGCCUCCUGGAUUAGCAUCUGUUUCUGUCAGAAUAAUGGACAUGAACGACUUCUCUCCAGUAUUCAGCCGCUCAGUGUACCGAGGAAUGGUUGCCCCAAAUGCCGCCAAGGGAACCAUCGUAACCACAGUGACAGCCAACGACUCUGACCCUGCGGGGACAUCAGCAGGUCUUGUGCGCUACAGAGUGGACCAGGAAGCGUAUCCAUACUCUGCCAGCAUAUUUGAUGUGGAGGAACAGACGGGACAUGUGGUUACCAAAGUAAACCUUAACGAGGAGCCCAACCUUAAGUUUGGUCUGGUGGUGGUGGCCUACGACGACGGCGAGCCUGUGAAGGAGAACACGACUAUCGUCGAGAUCACAGUCCUUCAGCCCUCCAUCAUUCCUAUAUUUACCCAAGAGGAAUACAGGUUCCUACCAGUGAGCGAGGCAGCUGAUGUUGGAACCCAAGUGGGAGUCAUCGUGGCUGCUGCUGUCAAUCAGACUAUCGUGUACUCCAUCACUGAAGGCAACGAGGGAGGAGUGUUCACACUGAAUGAAACAACAGGGGAGAUUUUCACAGCCAAGCCUCUGGACUACGAGACCGACCCCAGCUACGUCCUCAAGGUAGAGGCGGACUCGAUGAGAGUGGUGUCGUCGAACCUCCGAGCUCCGUCAAAGACUAAUACAGCGAAGGUGGUGAUUGAGAUCCAGGACGAGAACGACCACCCACCGGUUUUCACCAGACCUCUUUACAUUGGGGGAGUUGCAGAAGAUGCCAAAACCUUCACUUCAGUCCUUCAAGUACAGGCUCUGGACAAAGACACCGGCAACUACAGUUCAAUGGUCUACCGGCUCAUCAUCGCCCCUCAGGCUGGUAAAGACACGAAAAGCAGCAAAGACGGCUUCGUCAUUGAACCGUACAGCGGUGUGGUGAAGACGGCAAUCAUGUACCGCAACAUGCGGAGGUCGUAUUUCAAGUUCGAGGUGGUCGCUACGGACAACUACGGUCAAGGACACAGCAGCAAAGCAGAGAUAGUGGUGUCGGUUGUGAACCAGCUGGAUAUGCAAGUGGUCGUAUCAAAUGUCCCGCCAACUUAUGUGGAGAAAAACAAAGAAAAGCUCCUCAGCAUUUUGGAGCGUUACGUUCAGGAGCAGAUACCAGGAGCAGAGGUUGUCGUGGAAACCAUCGGCCCCCAUCGCCAUGGUGAUGGAACGGAGCAGGACGACUACACCAAGUCAGACGUCAUGAUUUAUGCUAUUGACCCCCUGACAAAUCGAGCUGUAGCCAGACAGGAGCUCUACAAGUUUCUCGACGGUAAACUCCUGGACAUCAACAAGGAGUUCCAGCCAUUCCUUCCUCCCGGGGGACGGAUCCUGGAGAUCCGAACUCCGGAAGUGGUGACGAGCGUGAAGAAAGCGGUGCAGGCUGUAGGCUACACGGAGGGGGCGCUGUUGGCUCUGGCAGUCAUCAUCAUUGUCUUCUGCGUCCCUGCAAUACUGAUCGUUAUCAUCACCUACAAACAAUUCAAAGAACGCCAGGCAGAAUGUGCCAAAACAGCCCGCAUCCAGAUGGCACUGCCGACAGGCAAACCUGGGGGAGGCACAGCCAACAACCUGUACGAAGAGCUGGGCGACAACGCCAUGCGAGGCUUUGGACAACAGGAGACUCAACAACUUCUGCGACCUUCUCUGCUCAGACCUGAGGAGUUGUCGAUGGAGUCUGGCAUUGACCCUGGUCAGGACUACUACACACAGGAUUAUUACAACUAUGAUCACGGGUACGAACUGCCUCAGUACGGCAGUCGCAGGAAGCUGAUCUCACCCUCCGGCCUCUACGAUGAAUAUGGAGAAGUUGUUGUCGAUGAUGACGGCAGCUACUACUACAGCCCGCAGGAGUCUGACGCAGAGGUGAGGAGACAGUUUCAAGGAGAUAGAGUAGCCCCUCACCCUACUUACUUCCAGCCCCGUCCUCCUCCCAACCCAGCUCAAAGAAUGACCUCAGGUGACCCCAGGGGCGAGGGUGAAAAAAACCAACCACUGGAGGGCACUGCGACCACAAACGCCAAAUCAAAGGGCAGGAGUGCGGCCUCCAGGUUGAAAGGGGUGACGAGAGUAAGCGCGCUGCUGUCCAGUGUGAGCAAGAAAUCUGGACAGCCUCCCUCCAUCCACCCACCGUGGAGCAAAGCCAGGAUUGGACCGAUGGAAACGGGGGAUGAUGGGAGUAGAGAAAGGCAGGAAGACAGGAGGAACGAAGGAGUGGGAAAAGAGUUCGAGAGAGGGGAGUCAUUGACCAGGGAAAAUAAAGGAGGGGGAAGAGAUGACUCAGGGGAAAGAGGGAGAGAGCGAGCAGGUAGGGGAGAACCGGAAACACUGGGGAGGAGCAAGAGAAAUGGUGUGAUAAAGAAUGGGUUAGGAGAAGGCAUCCAACCUGAGCACAGGGGAGAGCUCCCCGGCCUUUCAUCAUUUGGCCGGUCUUACAGCCUUGGCAGCAACUUGGUCAUCGAUGGUAGUUAUUUCCAGACAUCUGUCGAAGCCGGCAGACCACCGGCAGUAAAACAAAACCUGAGCAAGACCCUUGGUCUUAUCUCCCUGGCCAGGAGGCUCCAGGGUCCCGCCAGGGUGGGGAAUGAGCAUAGGAGUGAUGGAAUGAGCUGGGCUACAGGAGAGGAGAUGCACAGGAGGAUGUAUGGCUCUGUAGGAGAUAUGAGUGUGUCUGCAUCAGUGUCAGAGAGGGACCAUGAAGAGGCCAGGAGGAGGAGGAGGAGGAGGAGGAGGAGGGUAGAGGAGGAGGAUAGCUCCUUUGAGGGAUGGUGGAGGGGAGAGAAAAGACUUCAUGACAGCGAUUCGGAGACAGGAAGUGGCAGCAAAGAGUCUCCGUCGGAAUUCAGUGUCUCUGACGCGAGUAGCCCCGUAUCAUCCGUCACAGCCGAGCACGACGAGUCGGACUCAGGGGCAGAAAAGGCAAAGGGAGCUCCUGACACAGACAGAGGGUCAGAGAGCGAGGCGGAAAAGUCCAGCAGAAAAGGCUCAAGGAAACGUAGUUCUAGCAACAGCUCAGCGAGUCGCAGCAGUGUUAGUCGUAAAAGUGCCAACCUGAGGACGCAGAGUCAGAGCAGACGGGCCACAAACAGCAGAGCGAUGGACAGAAACGGCAGCAGACGCUCCAAAGGUUCCAGGUGUUCGUGUUCUACAGUUUCUAGUUCGAGGCCCAAAAGUUCCAGACGGCCUCCUUCUUCACAUGACACCACAGAGGAAGACAGUGAGGAGGAGGAGGAGGAGGAGGAAAGUGAGGAAGAUGAGGAAUCAGGAGAAGAGCGGGGGGGGAAUGGAGUCAUGUCAAGCAGGCGAAGUUCCAGCAACAACCAACCUGGCAACUCGGACGACUUGUCGCCCAUCAUUGAGGAUGAAGAGGAGGACGAAGAGGAGGGCAGGGGCCAUUCCAAGGACGAGAACCAGGAGGAAGAAAGAGAUUCGGAUAAUUUGGCUGAGUGAAAUGCAGAUGAGGACCCAUUUUGACGCAGAUUACACUCUUUGGCUCUCUGUGUAAGAUCUGGAGUGAGAUGUUUGAUUGUUCUUGUCUGCUGUGACACUCGCGCUGGCAGAAUAUGUCGGCGUGUUCUCUUCUGCUCUUCCUCCUCUUAGAAACCUCUUCUCUCAGGUCUUGUUUUUUGCCUCUAGCUCCUCCGUGUCCAUCUUGCCUUCCUUUAUAGCAGCUGUGAUACUUGUGUGCAGUGUUUGACUGGUUUUCUUCUCUGUAGGAUGUCUCCUGUCUGCGAGGUCUGCUGCACUGACCUCGCUGUCUUCUCUUUGUUGCUCCUAAGCUUUGCUCAAAGUUUAUUUAUGUUCCUCUGUCACUCUCCCGCUAGCUCCUCCAGCACCUGUGGUUGCCUGCAGGGAAAAUGAGUUUUCUUUAUACAGUACUGUUCUUUCUUUGCUUUCUUUACCGAUGUAAAUAGAAAUAACCUCAGGGUUUUGUUUGUUGUGAAACAGCAGGUCAGUUACUGUCUUCUUCCAGAGUGUGAUUGUGUGUUUGUGUGCAUCGGUGUUACAAUGAGUUCCAGGCCAUGCAACACUUACAGUUUUGUUAAACAGUUGUUGUUUUUUUUAGGAUUUUUCAUGAUUAAAACAUGAGCAAAAAUCCCAAAACUUGGAGUAACACUGUUGCACAUGUGUGUUUUUGCUGUGUUGUGUGCGAGUGGAAAUGUUU